AUGUGGAGACUUUUCUUCGCGACAGCAGCCGCCGUCGGCGCGACCAGAGUGGGCGCGUCCGAGGACUCGGGCAGGAUCCUCGCCUGCCACGCCGACGCCAGCCCCUUCGACAGCGGGCUCAGCACCGACAACACCUCCACAGCAGAUGCCGAUCAACAGUCCAACGGGAUCACCAGUGCAGUACCAGCCACCCGGACGAUGCCAGUGCUGCGGAGCUGUGGGACGGACUCGGAGGGGAUGCAGCUGCAAGGGACCACCGCUGCAACCACCGCCACCACCUCCGACACCACCGAGCUCAACAGUUCGAUCGAGGUGCUCAUGCUGCAAGGUGACGGAGACCGUGAAGAAGCCGGGCCGUUGAAGUCCCUGAAUGACUCGGAUCUUACCGCGUUCUACCAGGCGCAGACCAAGGUGAUGGACCAGAUCUACUUCGAGAUUGGCGAGGACACCGUCAACCUGACCAAGACCAAGCGCGCAGACCUCAUGGAGGUGUGCUGCCCGAGCGAGUCGUCGCUCGGCAAGGCGGUGGAGGCGCAGCACGGCAGGGCGAUACGGUGUGGGAUCUUCAACGGCUAUGACAUGGGCACGGCCACUGGAGUCCGCAGGGCCAUGCAUCUCCUUCGACUGGCACGACCUCGACGGUUGGUGUUAAGCCCUCCGUGCACCGCAGAUUGUCCCAUCCAGAACCUGAACCAGAAGACGGAGAACCAGAGGAAGCAGCUCUCGACCAAGAUCGGACAGGCGCGCAGGAUCCAGCGGGGGUGUCUGGCCUUGUACGAGGAGGCUAAGAAGAUAGUUGAUUGCCACAUCGAGCUAGAGCAGCCCUGGAACAGCCGCAGUUGGUCGAAAUCACCCUCCAUCAUGAAGAUGCGGUCAGAGAUGUACGAGGCGAUCAUUCAUGGGUGCGCCUACGGACUUCGCGACGAGAGGUCUGGACUCUUGGUGAAGAAGGGGUGGCGAGUGUGCUCUACUGACCCCGACUUUGGAGCAAAGAUGGGCCGGCUCUGCAGCAACCGACCGGGACGCGGAGACAGCCAUCUACAUCGUGUCAUCGAGGACGGUCCUCUGGUGGCUCAGACAGCCUUCUAUCCCCCUGCCAUGUGCCGAGCCUGGGCCAAACAUAUCCUCGAGAAGAACGUGACUUCCGAGUACGGCAAGGAGGUCUACGCGGGCCUGAAGCAGAUCCCAGAGGAGGACGACGUCGAGAUGUCGGUCGAAUUAGAGGAGCUGAACACGGAGGAGGACAUCGAGAUGGAGACCGCCGAGGCGUCCCUCAAAGGCUUGGGCGUCAAAACGGAGCUGUCAAAGAAAGAGAUCUCAGAGAUCGAACAGAGACUCGCGCGACUUCAUCGCAAUCUAGGCCACCCCAGCAACAAGACACUCUACAAGAUUCUCAAGGCCUCUGGAGCAGCGGCCUCUGUACUCCGACUGGCACUUCAAUUUCAAUGCCAUGGCUGCCAUAUCGGGAAGCUCCCCAAAGCUGUACGAGUGGCCUCAGGCGUGGAGAUUCCGAGCGUGCUAGAAGUCCUCGCCACGGACGGACUGGAGUGGCUCUCACCUCAGCAGACCUCCCACAUCAUGACCCUGAACCUCGACGAGGGGUCCGGCCUCACCAGCGUCACCUACCACGGGCAGAAGGGAGAGCGCAGCGGCAACCGAUCAGCCGUCGAGGUGAUCUCUACGUGGGAAUCGUGGUGCAGUCACUACCGUCAACCUGCCCUCCUUCGCAUGGACCCUGAAGGGUGCCACUGCUCCCAGACAGUUGCGAAGUGGGCAUCUGACCAUGGGAUCGAGAUAUGGAUUGCACCUGGGGAGGCGCACUGGCUCAUGGGCAAGGUGGAACGUCGCAUACAGCUCUUCAAGCGCCUCAUGACGAAGAUGGCCACCCACGACCCCGAUUGCAGCACGCAGGAGCUGGUCACCUGGGCCGUGAGUGCGAUCAACUCCAUGGACAAGGUGGGGAACCACUCCCCGUUCGAGCACGUGCUGGGCGUAACAGGGUUGGCACCCACGAACAACCCCUUCGCCAUCAUCGACGGAGACACCGGCGAGACACAGGAGCAGCGGCGACUUCUGGCCCGCCAGAGCUACCUCGAGUGCGAGUACGCAGAACGGCGACGCCAUGCAGAGCAGGCCAGGAACCGCGUCUACCAGACCUGGGAGGCCGGCGACCUCGUGUACUUCUGGCGUGACGGCAAGGGACGGGAGAACCGACCUGGCAAGAAAGGAGGUUGGUAUGGACCUGCACGAGUACUUGUCCAAGAGAAACGGCAUAUUGACGGCCGCACUCGGGUGACCUCGGUCGUCUGGAUCGCCCACGGGAACACGUUGAUCAGGUGCGCACCCGAGCAUCUGCGACCAGCCUCCGAAGCCGAGAAGAUGCUGACUGAACUCAAGAAGCAGGCCUCCCUCGGGAAGACCAUGACAGAGAUCCUGGAGACCGCCAAGCCUGGGACGUUCGAGGACCUGGUGGAGCAGCGCCGUCCGGACCUCACAGCGUACGAGCCCCCGAGGACCACCGAGGCGUUCCAACCAGGAGAUGGGGCAGAAGCGCCACCUGCCGCUGCCACGGAGGAGGAAACGAAUGUACCGGAGUCGAGCCACACUACACCGAGGUCCAUGGCUCAACCUGAAGCUGAACCAGGCGAACCCUCCGAAGACGCUCAGGACCUGGAGAUGGUACCACCGCAGGAGCAGAGAUACCUCAACCACCUCCGCCAUUGA